GAAUGCCUUGCUGAUAAAGUAAUGAAGUAAUACAGAUGUCUUUACGAAAGAUAUUGAUAUUCUCAACGAAUUCAAAAGACUGUGAAAGACAGCUUUUGUUUUCAAGGGCUUUCCCUGUUGCAGAGAAGAAAGCAAAACAAGAACAAGAUGAGAAUUAUGUUAGCCUUCCUUCAGACCAGGAACUAGUAAAUGGUUUACUAUUUGAGCUGGGACAUUUAGUGGAUGGAGUAGAAAUGUUUAAUCCAAGAAGAGACAGCUGUGUCAGGGUAGAAGAAAAACCAGUAGUAGAAGUGUCUACAAGUACAGGAAUAAUAUGGCCCUUGGUUGUGGUGGAACAGAAAGGGUUAGUAUAUUGCUGUUUACCAGUUGUAGAAGCAAAAGAAAGACCUCCAUUAUUACAAAUAUCUGGUGUAACUUUAGGGUUCACCUUACUUUGUGGAUUAGCAGACUACCUCAGACAGAACUCGGAAAUUGAAAUAUAUCAAAUGAAGACAGACUUAUACAGUAUAUUAAACAUUGCAGUACCGUUUGGUAAAGUUAUGGAUGUAAAUAUAGAUGCUGUUUUACCCAAACUUACAUGUAAAAACAACAUAAUGUCACAAAAGCAACCAGCAUGGAAGCCAGUUUUGCAUAAAGGAAAGAAUCAUGUUUACUUUGCAAUAACUGAAUACAUUAAAGCAGUUCUAUAUGGUAGAGAGAAUGUGCCUGAUGUUUGGGAUUUAUAUGGAACAGUCAGCUGUAAAGCAGAACUUGAAGGAGUUACUCCUGAUAUAACUAUAAACGUUACAAGUGAUGGCCUACCUCUAGAUAAUAUAUUGAUCCACCCUUGUGUUCAGAGUGCAGAUACAUCAAAUUUAAGUUCUACUGACACCCGUCCUAAUUCAAGAAGAAUCAGAUUUACUCCACCAUUGGAGAUGUUUACUGUUUGUCAUUACACUGUUCCUAGGUUACAGCAACUUCCUGUUUCUGGUUGCUAUGAAAUGAAGUUAACAGGUAAAACAGCCAUAUUGUCUGUAACCUUACAGUUAAAUUGUAUUAUGAAAAGUGCCAUGGAAUAUUGUGAACUACAGAUACCAUUCUAUAACAAGGGACAGAUAUCUUCAUUGGAAAGUAACUGUACACUGGGAAAUACAAUGUUAUCACCAGAUAAAAGAAUAUUAGUGUGGAAUAUAGGGCCAAAAUUUACAACAAAGACAACACAGAAUAUAUCUAUGGAAGCAACAGUCAACUUUACAGAUAGUCCAACUACUAAUGCAUAUGAAGAUCCAUUUUGCAAAGGACAAAACUCUUAUGCACAGCUCUUUUUCAAGGUACCAGAGUUUACCCAUUCUGGUUGUUAUAUUGAUCCUAAGACUGUCCAAGUUUCUCCUAAUGCUAAAUUUAAAUUAACAACAGUUCAAGAAUACAUGACAGCAGAAUACAAAAUAUGGAACAUCCAUGGUGACAUAUUGACUAGUAAUAUUCCUAUAUCUGUUGGUCAGACUUGAAUAGUUUCUAUGGCAACAGUAAACAACAUUCCAUUUUCUAACAUGAACAAUUUGUGAAUGAUGACCAAUGGGUUUGUGCAAUUAAACCACAUAUAUGUUAAUUUGUUAU